CUUUGUGUUCUGACACACAUCAGUAAGCUUGUGACUGUGGUGGUGCGUGUAAACUUUUCUCCAUGGUUCUCGGUCCUAUGCAGGAAUUUACUGGCGUGUGGGUGAGGGAUCCUCGCAUCCAGAAGGAGGAUUUCUGGCAUGCAUACAUGGAUUAUGAAAUCUGCAUAAAUACAAACAGUUUGGCUUUCACUAAGAAGAGUUCUUGUGUGCGGCGGAGAUUCAGCGAAUUUGUGUGGCUACGAAAAAAGCUUCAGGAAAAUGCCUUGCUCAUAACGCAUCUACCCAAACUUCCUCCAAAAAACCCCUUCUUCAGUCUCAACAGUGCCAGGCAAAUCGGCACCCGUAUGGAGGGGCUGAGGAAAUUUCUAGAAGCGGUCGUUCACAACCCGGUGCUUCUGUCAGAUAGUUGCCUGCAUUUGUUUCUACAGUCCCAACUGAGUAUCAAAAAGAUUGAGGCCUGUGCCGAGGGCAGGAGCCGCUACACCGUCUCUGAUGCCAUCCACAGUUUCGGCUCUGGAAACAAACGCUUUGAUUCUGAAUUAGAGGAGGAUCUGGAGGAUGAAGACAUGCACUAUGAAUCCGAGUGAUUGACUUGCAUGUGUAAAUAAAUAUGGAGCCAACGUGAGCAGGCUUUCAAAUUCAAAAAGGCAAUGCUGGGUGACAAGAGACAAUGAAAUUGUUACUAAAUCCAUAUUUCAUCAUGCACCUAUGUUCUUUUUAUGAUAAAUCUGCAUAGAAAAAGAGAAUGUAAUUAAAUGUUAAAUUAUAUUAAAAAACAUUGUAAACAUUAA